AUGUCUCAUGAGAAUUCUUCAGUUACCUCGAUAAUCACAUUCCUUGGACCAGACCCACCAUUCACAUCUUUGGUCGAUCUUGCAUGCAGGUUUGGCACAGCCGACUCAAAGGGAUCAGAAACAUCAAAGCAAUCUGAGGAGGUGAAGAGGAAGGCUAGAGCAGAGAGGUUUGGGCUUGCUGCGCCCUCUACAGCUGUUGACGAGGAAGAGAAGAAAAAAGCUCGACUAGCCCGAUUUGCACCAUAUGCCAAACCUGAUACAGUGGAAGGAGAAAAGAGAGAAGCUAGGGCGAUCAGGUUUUCUAAUCCUCCAUCAAGUUCUUUAGCACAGGAGGCUCCUAUUACUGGAAAGGCUGGUGCAGUGCUCUAA